UUUCGGAAAAACGAUGAGAUGAAAGCUAUUGAUGUUUUGCCAAUUCUGAAGGAAAAAGUUGCAUACCUCUCAGGUGGUAGAGAUAAGCGUGGAGGUCCUAUUUUAACAUUUCCAGCUCGCAGCAAUCAUGACAGAAUACGGCAGGAGGAUCUCAGGAGACUAAUUUCAUAUCUAGCCUGCAUUCCUAGUGAGGAGGUCUGUAAGCGAGGCUUCACGGUGAUUGUGGACAUGCGUGGGUCCAAGUGGGACUCCAUCAAGCCCCUGCUGAAGAUCCUGCAGGAGUCGUUCCCCUGCUGCAUCCACGUUGCACUGAUCAUCAAGCCAGACAACUUCUGGCAGAAACAGAGGACGAAUUUUGGCAGUUCUAAAUUUGAAUUUGAGACAAAUAUGGUCUCUUUAGAAGGCCUGACCAAAGUAGUUGAUCCUUCUCAGCUGACUCCCGAGUUCGAUGGCUGCCUAGAAUACAACCAUGAAGAAUGGAUUGAAAUCAGAGUUGCUUUUGAAGACUAUAUAAGCAAUGCAACCCACAUGCUGUCCCGACUGGAGGAACUUCAAGACAUCCUUGCUAAGAAGGAGUUGCCUCAGGACCUGGAGGGUGCUCGGAAUAUGAUUGAGGAACAUUCUCAGUUGAAGAAGAAGGUGAUUAAGGCCCCAAUAGAGGACUUGGAUUUAGAGGGACAGAAACUGCUUCAGAGGAUUCAGAGCAGUGAUAGCUUUCCAAAAAAGAACUCGGGGUCCGGCAAUGCAGACUUGCAGAACCUCUUGCCCAAGGUGUCUACCAUGCUGGACAGGCUACACUCAACUCGGCAGCAUCUGCACCAGAUGUGGCAUGUGAGGAAACUGAAGCUGGACCAGUGCUUCCAGCUGAGGCUGUUUGAACAGGAUGCUGAAAAGAUGUUUGACUGGAUCACACACAACAAAGGCCUGUUUCUCAACAGCUACACAGAGAUUGGGACCAGCCAUCCUCAUGCAAUGGAGCUCCAGACGCAGCACAAUCACUUUGCUAUGAACUGUAUGAACGUGUAUGUAAAUAUAAACAGAAUAAUGUCAGUGGCCAAUCGCUUGGUAGAAUCUGGCCACUAUGCCUCUCAACAGAUAAAGCAGAUUGCCAAUCAACUGGAACAGGAGUGGAAGGCCUUUGCAGCAGCCCUGGAUGAGCGCAGCACCUUGCUUGACAUGUCCUCCAUUUUCCACCAGAAGGCGGAAAAGUACAUGAGCAACGUGGACUCGUGGUGUAAAGCCUGUGGUGAGGUGGACCUUCCCUCCGAGCUGCAGGAUCUGGAAGAUGCCAUUCAUCACCACCAGGGGAUCUACGAGCACAUCACUCUUGCUUAUUCUGAGGUAAGCCAAGAUGGGAAGUCACUCCUUGACAAGCUGCAGCGGCCCUUAACCCCUGGCAGCUCUGACUCCCUAACAGCCUCUGCCAACUACUCCAAGGCUGUACACCAUGUCCUGGAUGUUAUUCAUGAGGUGCUGCACCACCAGCGGCAACUGGAGAACAUCUGGCAACAUCGCAAGGUCCGACUUCAUCAGAGGCUGCAACUCUGUGUUUUCCAGCAAGACGUGCAGCAGGUGCUGGACUGGAUUGAAAAUCAUGGAGAAGCUUUUUUGAGCAAACACACAGGCGUAGGGAAAUCUCUUCAUCGGGCCAGAGCUUUGCAGAAACGCCAUGAAGAUUUUGAAGAAGUAGCACAGAAUACAUAUACCAAUGCAGAUAAAUUACUAGAAGCAGCAGAACAGCUAGCUCAAACUGGGGAAUGUGACCCAGAAGAGAUUUAUCAGGCUGCUCAUCAGCUUGAAGACCGGAUUCAAGAUUUUGUUCGCCGAGUAGAACAACGAAAGAUCCUACUGGACAUGUCAGUGUCCUUUCAUACCCACGUAAAAGAGCUGUGGACAUGGCUGGAGGAACUGCAGAAGGAACUGCUGGACGAUGUGUAUGCCGAGUCAGUGGAGGCUGUGCAGGAUCUCAUCAAACGUUUUGGGCAGCAGCAACAGACCACACUGCAAGUGACUGUCAAUGUGAUCAAGGAAGGGGAGGACCUCAUCCAGCAGCUAAGGGACUCUGCCAUCUCCAGCAACAAGACCCCCCACAAUAGUUCCAUCAAUCACAUUGAGACGGUGCUGCAACAGCUGGACGAGGCCCAGUCACAGAUGGAGGAGCUCUUUCAGGAGCGCAAGAUCAAGCUUGAACUCUUCUUGCAGCUACGCAUCUUUGAAAGGGAUGCCAUUGAAAUCAUCUCAGACCUUGAGUCUUGGAAUGAUGAACUUUCUCAGCAAAUGAAUGACUUUGACACGGAAGACCUCACAAUUGCGGAACAACGCCUCCAGCACCAUGCUGACAAAGCCUUGACCAUGAAUAACUUGACUUUUGAUGUCAUUCACCAAGGGCAGGAUCUUUUGCAAUAUGUCAAUGAAGUCCAGGCCUCUGGUGUGGAGCUGCUUUGUGAUAGAGAUGUGGAUAUGGCAACUCGGGUUCAGGACCUGUUGGAGUUUCUUCAUGAAAAACAACAGGAGCUGGAUUUAGCUGCUGAACAGCAUAGGAAGCACCUGGAGCAGUGUGUACAACUGCGCCACCUGCAGGCAGAGGUGAAGCAGGUGCUGGGCUGGAUCCGAAAUGGAGAGUCUAUGUUAAAUGCUGGCCUUAUCACAGCCAGCUCACUGCAGGAGGCAGAGCAGCUACAGAGAGAGCAUGAGCAAUUCCAGCAUGCCAUUGAGAAAACACACCAGAGUGCCCUGCAGGUGCAGCAAAAGGCUGAGGCCAUGUUGCAGGCCAACCACUAUGACAUGGACAUGAUCCGUGACUGUGCUGAGAAGGUGGCCUCACACUGGCAGCAGCUCAUGCUCAAGAUGGAAGACCGCCUCAAACUUGUCAAUGCUUCUGUUGCCUUCUACAAAACCUCAGAACAGGUAUGCAGUGUCCUUGAGAGCCUAGAACAGGAGUAUAAGAGAGAAGAAGACUGGUGUGGUGGAGCUGAUAAACUGGGCCCGAAUUCUGAGACAGACCAUGUCACUCCAAUGAUCAGCAAGCAUCUGGAGCAGAAGGAAGCAUUCCUGAAGGCUUGUACGCUUGCUAGAAGGAAUGCGGACGUCUUCCUAAAAUACCUGCACAGGAACAGCGUGAACAUGCCAGGAAUGGUGACACACAUCAAAGCUCCAGAACAGCAAGUAAAAAAUAUCUUGAAUGAACUCUUCCAGCGGGAAAACAGGGUAUUACAUUAUUGGACCAUGAGGAAAAGACGGCUAGACCAGUGCCAGCAGUACGUUGUUUUUGAAAGAAGUGCCAAGCAGGCUUUGGAGUGGAUCCACGACAAUGGGGAGUUCUACCUUUCCACACACACCUCGACAGGCUCCAGCAUACAGCACACCCAGGAGCUGUUGAAAGAACACGAGGAGUUUCAGAUAACUGCGAAGCAAACCAAAGAGAGAGUGAAGCUAUUGAUACAGUUGGCUGAUGGCUUUUGUGAAAAGGGGCAUGCCCAUGCAGCAGAGAUUAAAAAAUGUGUCACUGCAGUGGAUAAAAGAUACAGAGAUUUCUCUCUGCGGAUGGAGAAGUACCGGACCUCUUUGGAAAAAGCUCUCGGGAUUUCUUCAGAUUCCAACAAAUCGAGUAAAAGUCUUCAGCUGGAUAUCAUCCCAGCCAGUAUCCCUGGGUCAGAAGUGAAGCUUCGUGAUGCUGCUCAUGAACUCAAUGAAGAAAAACGGAAGUCUGCCCGCAGGAAAGAGUUCAUAAUGGCUGAGCUAAUUCAAACUGAAAAGGCUUAUGUAAGAGACCUCCGAGAGUGUAUGGAUACCUACCUGUGGGAAAUGACGAGUGGAGUGGAGGAGAUCCCACCUGGCAUUGUAAACAAAGAGCUCAUUAUCUUCGGAAACAUGCAGGAAAUCUAUGAAUUUCAUAAUAACAUCUUUCUAAAGGAACUAGAGAAAUAUGAACAGCUGCCAGAGGAUGUUGGACAUUGCUUUGUUACCUGGGCAGACAAGUUUCAGAUGUAUGUCACAUAUUGCAAAAAUAAACCUGAUUCUACUCAGCUAAUACUGGAACAUGCAGGGUCUUACUUUGAUGAGAUACAGCAACGGCAUGGAUUAGCCAAUUCUAUCUCUUCCUACCUUAUUAAACCAGUCCAGCGAAUAACAAAAUAUCAGCUCCUUUUAAAAGAGUUGCUCACAUGCUGUGAAGAAGGAAAGGGGGAGAUUAAAGAUGGCCUGGAGGUGAUGCUCAGUGUGCCAAAACGAGCCAAUGAUGCCAUGCACCUCAGCAUGCUGGAAGGGUUUGAUGAAAACAUUGAGUCUCAGGGAGAACUCAUCCUGCAGGAAUCCUUCCAAGUGUGGGACCCAAAAACCUUAAUUCGAAAGGGUCGAGAGCGACAUCUCUUCCUCUUUGAAAUGUCCCUAGUAUUUAGUAAAGAAGUGAAAGAUUCCAGUGGGAGAAGCAAGUACCUUUACAAAAGUAAAUUGUUUGUAAGCUGGUUAGCAGGUCUUAAAAUAAGCCAGGCUUCUAGUAUUGAGAACAAGCAGGACUGGAUAAAGCACAUCCGCGAGGUCAUACAGGAAAGGACAGUCCAUCUGAAAGGAGCCCUGAAGGAGCCCAUUCACAUCCCCAAAACAGCACCAGCCACAAGACAGAAGGGAAGGAGGGAUGGAGAGGACCUGGACAGCCAAGGGGACGGCAGCAGCCAGCCUGAUACAAUCUCCAUUGCCUCCCGGACAUCUCAGAACACACUGGACAGUGAUAAACUCUCUGGUGGCUGUGAGCUGACAGUGGUGAUCCACGACUUUACAGCCUGUAACAGCAACGAGCUGACCAUCCGGCGUGGCCAGACUGUGGAGGUUUUGGAGCGGCCCCACGAUAAGCCUGACUGGUGCCUGGUGCGCACCACUGAUCGAUCCCCCGCAGCGGAAGGCCUGGUGCCUUGUGGCUCUCUAUGCAUCGCCCACUCUAGAAGUAGCAUGGAGAUGGAGGGCAUCUUUAAUCACAAAGACUCGCUGUCCGUGUCCAGUAAUGAUGCCAGUCCACCUGCCUCCGUAGCUUCCCUCCAGCCUCACAUGAUUGGAGCCCAGAGCUCACCUGGCCCCAAGCGGCCUGGCAACACUCUGCGCAAGUGGCUCACCAGUCCAGUGAGGCGGCUCAGCAGUGGCAAGGCUGAUGGGCACGUGAAGAAGCUUGCCCACAAGCACAAGAAGAGCAGAGAAGUCCGUAAAAGUACCGACACCGGCUCACAGAAGGACUCGGAUGACAGCGCAGCCACCCCACAGGACGAGACAGUGGAAGAGAGGGGCCGGAACGAGGGCCUCAGCAGUGGCACACUCUCAAAAUCCUCUUCCUCGGGGAUGCAGAGCUGCGGGGAAGAAGAAGGGGAGGAAGGGGCUGACGCAGUGCCGCUGCCUCCACCCAUGGCCAUCCAGCAGCACAGCCUCCUGCAGCCGGACUCACAGGACGACAAGGCCUCUUCUCGAUUAUUGGUCCGUCCCACCAGCUCCGAAACACCAAGUGCAGCUGAGCUCGUCAGUGCCAUUGAAGAACUUGUGAAAAGCAAGAUGGCGCUGGAGGACCGUCCUAGCUCACUCCUUGUCGAUCAGGGAGACAGUAGUAGCCCCUCCUUCAACCCUUCAGACAAUUCCCUGCUCUCUUCCUCCUCUCCCAUUGAUGAAAUGGAAGAAAGGAAAUCCAGCUCUUUAAAGAGAAGGCAUUAUGUUUUGCAAGAGUUAGUAGAGACAGAGAGAGACUAUGUACGCGACCUUGGCUAUGUGGUUGAGGGCUACAUGGCACUUAUGAAAGAAGAUGGGGUUCCUGAUGACAUGAAGGGAAAAGACAAGAUUGUAUUUGGCAACAUCCAUCAGAUUUAUGACUGGCACAGAGACUUUUUUUUAGGAGAGUUAGAGAAGUGCCUUGAAGAUCCGGAAAAACUAGGAUCCUUAUUUGUUAAACAUGAGAGAAGGUUGCACAUGUACAUAGUUUAUUGUCAGAAUAAACCAAAGUCUGAGCACAUUGUGUCAGAAUACAUUGACACUUUUUUUGAGGACUUAAAACAGCGCCUUGGCCACAGGCUGCAGCUUACAGAUUUGUUGAUCAAACCUGUGCAGAGAAUUAUGAAAUACCAGCUGUUGUUGAAGGACUUCCUCAAGUACUCCAAAAAAGCCAGCCUGGACACAUCAGAAUUAGAGAAAGCCGUGGAGGUCAUGUGCAUAGUGCCGAAGCGGUGUAACGACAUGAUGAGUGUUGGGCGGCUGCAAGGAUUCGAUGGUAAAAUUGUUGCCCAGGGUAAACUGCUCUUGCAGGACACAUUCUUGGUCACAGAUCAAGAUUCAGGACUUCUGCCUCGCUGCAGAGAAAGGCGGGUUUUCCUCUUUGAGCAGAUUGUCAUAUUCAGUGAACCACUUGAUAAGAAGAAGGGCUUCUCUAUGCCAGGGUUCCUGUUCAAAAACAGCAUCAAGGUGAGUUGUCUUUGCCUGGAAGAAAAUGUGGAAAAUGAUCCCUGUAAAUUUGCUCUGACAUCAAGGACGGGUGAUGUGGUAGAGACCUUCAUUUUGCAUUCAUCCAGUCCAAAUGUCCGGCAAACAUGGAUCCAUGAAAUCAACCAAAUUUUAGAAAACCAGCGCAAUUUUUUAAAUGCCUUGACAUCACCCAUCGAGUACCAGAGGAACCACAGCGGGGGCGGUGGCAGCAGCAGCGGGGGCGGCAGCAGUGGGAGUGGGGGCAGUGGUGGCAGUGGGGCCUCCAGCGGUGGCAGCAGCAGUCACGGCGGUGGCCUCAGCAGCUGCAGCAGCGUCCCCAGCUCAAGCAGGAGCAGGCCCUCCCGGAUUCCGCAGCCUGUCAGACACCACCCCCCCCUGGUCUCCUCUGCAGCCUCCAGCCAGGCAGAGGCAGACAAGAUGUCAGGUAUGUCCGCGUCCAGCCCCUCACUGCCUCCCUCCACCAGCAGCCUGGCCCUUGAGGCCAGCCUUGGCCAGCCUAGCCGGCUCCCCACAAGUGGAGACUCGGAAGGUCCUGAACGAGAAGCAGAGCCCAUCCCCAAGAUGAAGAUGAUGGAAAGCCCCAGAAAGACCACCGGGAAUGCUUCUUGUUCAAGCCAAGAAGGAAAUGCCAAAGAAGCACGGGGCAGCCUGGGCCCACUGCCCCUGAGCAAGCCUAGGCCUGGCGCCAUCUCACCACUGAACUCUCCUCUUUCCACCACCUUCCCUUCUCCUUUGGGCAAGGAGGCCUUUCCCCCCAGCAGUCCCCUGCAGAAGGGGGGCUCCUUCUGGAGCUCCAUUCCUGCCUCCCCCGCCAGCCGACCUGGCUCCUUCACCUUCCCGGGGGACAGUGACUCCCUCCAGCGGCAGACACACCGGCACGCAGCCCCCAGCAAGGACACAGACCGCAUGAGCACGUGCUCCUCGGCCAGUGAGCAGUCUGUGCAGUCCACACAGAGCAACGGGAGUGAAAGUAGCAGCAGUAGCAACAUCUCCACCAUGCUGGUGACACACGAUUACACGGCAGUGAAGGAGGAUGAGAUAAGCGUCUAUCAAGGAGAGGUCGUUCAAAUUCUGGCCAGCAACCAGCAGAACAUGUUUCUGGUGUUCCGAGCCGCCACUGACCAGUGCCCUGCAGCCGAGGGCUGGAUUCCGGGCUUUGUCCUGGGCCAUACCAGUGCAGUCAUUAUGGAGAACCCUGAUGGGACUCUCAAGAAGUCAACAUCUUGGCACACAGCACUCCGUUUAAGGAAAAAAUCUGAGAAAAAGGACAAAGACGGCAAAAGGGAAGGCAAGUUAGAGAAUGGCUACCGGAAAUCACGGGAAGGACUCAGCAACAAGGUGUCGGUGAAGCUUCUCAACCCCAACUACAUUUAUGACGUUCCCCCAGAAUUCGUCAUCCCAUUGAGUGAGGUCACAUGUGAGACAGGGGAGACAGUUGUUCUGAGAUGUCGUGUCUGUGGCCGUCCCAAGGCCUCCAUCACUUGGAAGGGCCCUGAACAUAACACUUUGAACAAUGAUGGCCACUACAACAUCUCAUACAGUGACUUGGGGGAGGCUGCUCUGAAGAUCGUUGGUGUGAGCACAGAAGACGACGGCAUCUACACAUGCAUCGCUGUAAACGACAUGGGGUCCGCCUCGUCUUCAGCCAGUGUGAGAGUUCUAGGUCCAGGAAGUGAUGGGAUCAUGGUGACCUGGAAGGACAAUUUUGACUCCUUCUACAGUGAAGUGGCUGAGCUUGGCAGGGGCAGAUUUGCUGUCGUUAAGAAAUGUGAUCAGAAAGGAACAAAACGAGCAGUGGCCACAAAGUUUGUAAACAAGAAGUUAAUGAAGCGUGACCAGGUCACCCAUGAGCUUGGCAUCCUGCAGAACCUCCAGCACCCCCUCCUCGUUGGCCUCCUUGACACCUUCGAGACUCCCACCAGUUACGUCUUGGUUUUGGAGAUGGCUGACCAGGGCCGCCUCCUGGACUGUGUGGUACGAUGGGGAAGCCUCACUGAAGGGAAGAUCAGAGCACACCUGGGGGAGGUUCUGGAAGCUGUGCGAUACCUUCACAACUGCAGGAUAGCACACCUGGACCUAAAGCCUGAGAAUAUCCUGGUGGAUCAGAGUUUAGCCAAGCCCACCAUUAAACUGGCCGACUUUGGAGAUGCUGUCCAGCUCAACACCACCUAUUACAUCCACCAGUUACUGGGGAACCCAGAGUUUGCAGCCCCUGAAAUCAUCCUUGGGAAUCCUGUCUCCCUGACCUCGGACACAUGGAGUGUUGGAGUGCUCACCUAUGUGCUUCUCAGCGGCGUGUCCCCUUUCCUAGAUGACAGCGUGGAAGAGACCUGCCUGAACAUUUGCCGAUUAGACUUUAGCUUCCCGGAGGACUACUUUAAAGGGGUUAGCCAGAAGGCCAAGGAGUUUGUGUGCUUCCUCCUGCAGGAGGACCCGGCCAAGCGUCCCUCAGCUGCACUGGCCCUGCAGGAGCAGUGGCUGCAGGCAGGCACCGGCAAUGGCAAAGGCUCGGGCGUCCUCGACACAUCCAGACUGACCUCCUUCAUCGAGCGGCGCAAACACCAGAAUGACGUUCGACCUAUUCGUAGCAUUAAAAACUUCUUACAGAGCAGGCUUCUGCCUAGAGUUUGACCUAUCUUGAAGUUCUUUCUCAUUCUCUUUCACCUGCCAAUCAACUAAUUUGAAUUUUGAAGAGGAAAACAAUCAAACCUAAGUACUGGCUGCCGACGUUCAGUUCAUCGUGUGAUGCUGCGUUCUCAGUGAGCUGCGCUGGGGUGGAGGACCUUCAGUUACCUCUGCGAAGGCAGAGAUCGCGUUGCUGUAUCACAGUAUUUUAUUCAGGUUUCUGCAAAAAAAAAGAAAAAAGAAAAAUAAAAAAAGAAACUAAAAGAUACUUUUUUAAAUGAACACGAAUAGAAUUUUGCAAAUUUAAACAUUUUGAAGAUUUGUUCAAGGAAACACAAUGCCUGUGUUCAACCACCGGCGUUCACGAACAAAACAAUGACAUUGUACAUUCUGGGGAAGACUCGCCCAGGCGGCCACGACUCUCAUGGCCGCCUUCAGCCAGCCCUCAGCUUCUACCUGGCCCUGACCUUCUCCAGCUGCCUGGUCUGAGCAUGUCUUGCCAGACACCAGACUUGGCUUCUGAAAUGUGCAUUUCAACCUCAACUUUUGCAUAAAAUAGAAUGAAUUGUUUUGCUCUGAUGAAAUGUAGGCCUUACUUGUAUAUAAGACUGUUCCUGCCUUCGGUCUGUCAUUCCCCUCCCAUCCCCUACCCAGCACCUGGGCCUUCCCUGAGGUCCAAGGGUCUGCCCAUUAAAUGAAGACUUCAGGUUCGGUCCAGUUCCACUGCCCCCAUCCCAUCCCGACCCCAAGCCAUCAAUCAGAUAGAUUGUUGAGCGGUAUACAGUCAGAUGAAAAUACUGUAAAUGCACUCGUUGGGGGGGGGGGUGGUUUUAUUUCAUAUCAUGUGCAAUGUCGUGGCUUUAACAUUUUAUGCAACUAUUUAUGAAGACCUCUGUUGUAUCUGUAAUAAAUAUAUAGAAAAAGCACAUGCUUCGUACGGUGAGCUUUAUGGUGUGUGUGUGUGUUGGGGGAGGGGUCGUAACCCUGUGCCAUCAGUUCAGAGAGACCUAACUCUUCGUGAAAUUUGUCAGUUUUGAAAACUGUAAAAGGUGAUUUCAUACUCUGAAUAAAAACCUGGAUAAUAGGGUAAUUUUUUUCAAAUUUAUUAUGCUAUUAUUCAGAAUGCCAAAGUAUUAUUUUUUUCCCAAAAUCAGUCUGGACAUUUACUACUUUUUAAACUUUUUGACAUUCAACUUUCUGUACAAAAAUUGGCUGGAUUUUGAGCUUUUUGGUAAGAAAUUAAAGCCAAUUUAGCACUGGCCACCCUGAGGCUGGUACCUAAUGCCCGUGUCACUGUGGCAGAAUCCGUGCUGGUGUGGGGAGGACUUGGAACACAGACACUGGUUUCUGGCAUGUUUGAAUUUUUCUGGAUGUCUUUUUAUCUUUGUGUGAAAUACGGUAAUAAAAUAAGAGACCAGCCUGCUUCCCAAGCCAGCUAGACAUCUAUCUGGGUCUUGAGCCAUAAACUGGCAUGAUUAUGCUUCACAGCUUCCAAUGUAUUUUAUUUAUUCUUUUGUUGGGUUUUUGUUUGUUUCUUCUUGUAAAAUUGUACAGAAACUUUUUAAAAGAAAUUGGAUUCAAAAACUGGAUGUGUAUCCGUAACCUCAUAACUUUCAUUUGUGUAUUGUUUCUUUAAUUUCAGUUAAUUUUUUACAUUAUUUUGCAUGUAUAUUUCUUUGUACAGAGACCUUACAUGUUUACACAGUAUGAUGUGAUGUAAAUAUUUUAUUUUACCAUCAGUUAUUUUAAAAAAAUUAAACAUAUUUGCCUGA